AUGGGUCUUCCUGGGAUUCAGAUGUGGACAUGGACACUGUUUGUCUGCCUGAGCUGGUUGUUUGUGGGUCAAGUGGUCGCAGGACCGCAGUACAUGGUAACCAUUCCUGCAGUUGUCGAAGCUGGAGCUGAGACCAAAUUCUGUGCGAGUCUCGUGCAGCCCAAUGAGAUUCUGGUCAUGACCGUCACUCUGAUGUCCAAAAACAAGAACACAAUCCUCCUUGAGAAGACAUCUGGCACAGAGUUUCACACCUGCGUUCAGUUUCAGGCUCCUUUAGUGCAGAAAAAUGAGGUGCAGAUAUUGGAGGUGGAGGUACAAGGUGACACAUUUUACUCAAAAGAAGUCAGGAAAGUCAUGAUCAAAGUCUAUCAACCAAUGACAUUCGUCCAAACAGAUAAACCAAUCUACCUCCCUGGACAAACAGUACAUUUCAGAGUCAUUACCCUGGACACCAUGUUUAGACCUGCCAAUCAGCUGUACAAUGUUAUUGAAAUUGAGGAUGCUAGAAGCAACCGGAUUGGACAAUGGCUUAACACCACGUCCAAUGGUAAAAUAUUGCAGCUGUCUUACUCCUUGAACUCAGAGGCACGUGAGGGAAUUUACAAUGUCGUUGUGUGGAUUGAUGGACAAAAAAUAAAUCACCAAUUCAAGGUGGAGAAAUAUGUUUUGCCAAAAUUUGAUGUAACAGUUCAUGCAUCAGAUGAAAUAAGCAUUGGAGAGGGGGAAAUCAAAGCUGAAGUCUGUGCAAUAUAUACUUAUGGACAGCCUGUGCCAGGCAGUGUUAAAUUUGAGCUGUGCCGACCUCUGGUGCUUCAUCGAUGGACCACCAUUAUUGAACAGCCCCCGUGCUACAGGGAGACAAAGCAGACAGGAAAGAAUGGCUGUGCCACAUUUAUGAUUGAGAUGUCCACUUUUACUAAACUUGGCAAACAGCCACUGCUGGAUAAACUGUAUCUCAAAGCCAUGGUGGAAGAGCAGGGGACAGGUACUUCACACUCACAAGGGAAAACAAUGGAGAUUUCUUAUGUUGUUGGAAAGCUGUCCUUUAUUGACACACCCAAGAUUUAUGAGAAAGGAUCAAAUGUGGAGGGAAAAGUUAAAGCAGUUUACUUCAAUAACACACCUAUUCCUGACACACUGGUCUUCUUGUUCGAGAGUGAAAGUUGGUCAGGACGCACAGGACCUCUACUACAGAACCUCACUACUGACAGCGAUGGUAUCGCCACUUUCUCAUUAAGUACAACUAACUACGACAAAGACAUCAAGCUAACAGCUAGCCUGACACAACGCCCGGAGCAAACAUACCAAAGUCCACACUAUGAGAGAGCAGAACACACUCUGUCCUUGGUCCAGCCGUCUUCUCCUCAUUCUAAAACGGUCAGCUUUCUAGAGGUGAAGAAGAAGGAGAAACCACUUCCCUGUGAAAGAGAAGAGCCCAUCUCCAUCCAAUACACUAUAGUAGGAGAGACCCAGGGCUCUGUGGAUGUGAUGUGUUUGAUCUUAUCCAGAGGAACCAUCAUCAAGCAAGAACUUCAGAAGGUCACAGUGCAAAAGGAACUUGUAGUGACUGAGGGGGAGGUGUCCUUUCAGUUGAAAGUGUCUCCAGAGAUGGCACCAGAGGUCCAGGUUGUUGCUUAUGCUGUCCUCCCCAGUGAGACUAUAAUAGCCCACAGUGCAAACUUCUCCACAGAGAAAUGCUUAAGUCACAAGGUGGUGUUGGAGUUUUCUCCGUCCUCAGCUGUUCCAGGAGAAGAAAGCAUCCUGAAGUUGACGGCCCAUCCAGACUCUCUGUGUGGCGUGAGCGCUGUCGACCAGAGCGUCCUCAUUAAGGAGCCAGGGAAGACUCUGAAUGUAGACAAGAUAUUUGACUUGUUGCCUGAUAAAAAAGCAUCCGGUAUUCCACAUGAUGUUGAAGAUCCUGUAGCGUGUAUAAAUGUGAGACAAAGAAGAUAUGUUUUGCCGUACGCUGGACAUGGCGAAAAAGAUGACGCUUACACAGUUUUCCAGAAAAUGGGCCUGAAGAUGGCAACAAAUCUGUUCAUCAGGAUGCCAUCAUGUGUGAACUUUAAGGGAACAGAAUACUACAGUCAUCAUUACGAUCAACCAAACGUAUUUUAUCGGACAAUUGGCUUUGGUUCAGCACCAAGUGGAGAUGCAAGUCCACCUCCACCAAUACAGACGGCCCGCUCUUUCUUCCCUGAGACUUGGAUAUGGGACCUGGUGGAAGUUGGAGAGUCUGGAAUGAAAGAUGUGUCCCUCACUGUCCCAGACACCAUCACCACCUGGGAGACGGAGGCUUUCUGUUUGUCCCCUCAGGGUUUUGGCUUGGCUCCUCGUAAAGAGCUCACCGUCUUCCAGCCCUUCUUCCUUGAGCUCAGCCUGCCCUACUCCAUCAUCCGAGGGGAGCACUUUGAACUGAAGGCAACCACCUUCAACUACCUGUCCAGCUGUAUCAUGGUCACUGUGACUCCAGCACCCUCCUUAGAUUACACCCUCACCCCUCUCUCUGGUGACCAGUACACAUCCUGUCUGUGUGCCAAUGAACACAAGACACUCAGCUGGACCAUGGCACCUUCAGUCUUAGGGGUCGUGAAUGUGUCAGUGAGUGCUGAAGCUGUGGCAUCCCACGGGUCAUGUGGCAAUGACAUUGUGACCGUGCCAGAGAGAGGUCGCGUUGAUGUGGUCACACGAUCUCUCAUAGUGAAGGCUGAGGGAACUGAGAUGACAAAGACUCACAACUGGCUGCUCUGCCCAAAAGGAGAGGCUUUGACAAAAGAAAUAGAACUACAACUCCCUGAGGAGGUGAUUGAUGGGUCUGCCCGUGCUUCACUAUCAGUUCUGGGUGACAUCCUGGGCCGGGCCCUGAAGAACCUGGAUGGACUGCUGAAGAUGCCGUAUGGAUGUGGGGAGCAGAACAUGGCUCUCCUGGCCCCCAAUAUCUACAUCCUCCAGUACCUGAAAAACACACAGCAGCUGACCCAAGCCAUCACGGAAAAAGCUACCAAGUUCCUGACUAGUGGCUACCAGAGGCAACUGAACUACAAACACCACAAUGGCGCUUACAGCACAUUUGGACAUGGAGAAGGGAACACUUGGUUGACUGCUUUUGUGCUGAGAUCCUUUGCCAAAGCAAAGUCUUUCAUCUACAUUGACCCAGCAAAGAUUGAAGAAUCAAAGACUUGGCUGAGGAGACAACAGCUUCAAAAUGGCUGUUUCAAACAGUUAGGAAAACUCUUUAACAACAGAAUGAAGGGUGGUGUAUCUGAUGAAGUGACUCUCAGUGCUUACAUCACUGCUGCCUUCUUGGAGAUGAAUAUUUCAGUUGAUCAUCCUGUGGUGAAUAAGAGCUUGUCUUGCCUCAGGGAAUCCACCAGUGACCUCAGCAACACCUACACUACAGCUCUGCUGGCAUACGUCUUCACCCUGGCUGGAGACAUGGAGACCCGUGCUCAACUUCUGCAGCACCUAGACAAGGUUGCAUUACAAGAAGGAGAUUUCCUCCACUGGUCUCAGAGAGCAACAGAAUCUUCAGCCUCUCUGUCUGUGGAGAUCAGCUCCUACGUGCUGCUGGCCAAACUCAGCACCUCCAUUUCUGCUGAAGACCUGGGCUACACCAGCCGUAUUGUCAGAUGGCUGACAGGCCAGCAAAACCAUUAUGGAGGCUUCUCCUCUACACAGGACACAGUGGUGGCUCUUCAGGCUCUGGCUCUCUACUCCACUGUGGUGUUCAGUCCAGAGGGUUCAAGCACAGUGACAGUCCAAUCACCCAGUGGCCAGCUGACAUUUGAUGUGAACCAGAGCAACAAACUGCUCUACCAGGAGAAGAUACUGCAGGACGAGGCAGGAAAGUACAGUCUGGAGGUGAAGGGAACUGCAUGUGCGUCAAUGCAGAUUUCUCUUCAUUAUAACAUCCCAACUCCUGCUGAUGUCACCACUCUCAGUGUCGAGGUCAAACCAGAGGCUGACUGCCAAUCUCUGAGACCUAAACUCACUCUGAAGCUUAAGUCCCUAUAUAGUGGGAAAGAGCCCACUACAAACAUGGUAAUGCUGGAUAUCAAAAUGCUCUCUGGAUUUGUCCCAGAUCCAGAAUCUUUGAGGAAGCUCAAAGGUGACCUGCGUGUGGAUCGUGUUGAAGAAAAGGAAGAUCAUGUUCUCAUGUACUUAAAGGAGUUGCGGAAGGACAAACGCAUCAACCACAUCUUAAAGCUCGUACAGGAGCUCCCAGUGCAGAACCUGAAGCCAGCUGUGGUUAAGAUCUAUGACUACUACCAGCCAAGUGACCAGGCUGAGACAGAAUACAUCUACCCCUGUGCUGCAGCUUAAAGAGUGAAGUGUGGUCACCCAUCUCAAGCCCCAGACUCUUACUGAUAAAAUCAUUUUAAUAAAGCUACACUACAUGUAAUUUCA